AUGGCAAUAUUCGAACCGCCAACCUGCAGCACCUCACAUCACCCUCUCUUGCUGCCCCCACUGUACCUUCCCUCACACCCCCACCAUACUUCAUCGCCCCCUCCCCCGGACCUGAAAUUUCCAUUCCAUUCAACAGGCAUCUGGACGCGGGACAUGAAGACUCGUUUUGACUCGCCUCAGCAUCUGGACAUGAAGACCCGCACAAACCUGCAGCAGCCGCAGAUCACCAAGAUCAUCAAGACACUGGAGGGCAGGAAGCUCAUCAAAGCAGUCAAGUCAGUUAAUAACAAGAGCCGAAAGCUCUACAUGUUGUACGAGCUCGAACCGUCCCGAGAAGUGACAGGAGGCGCGUGGUACACCGAUGCUGAAUUCGACGCCGAGUUCAUUUCGGCUUUAAGGCAGCUGUGUCUGACACACAUAGUCAAGCUGGGAGGUGAUACUCUCGAGGGGGUGGUGGAGGCAGUAAGGAGGGCUGGCAGUGGCGGUAGGGAGGACCUGAGGAUGGAGGAUUUCAGACAGGUCAUCAGCACACUCGUAUUCGAUCGAGAGCUAGACGUCUUCAUCAGCACCGGCUCUGGCAAGGACUCGCGCUUCCCCGUGGGAGCGGAGGUGUAUCGGCCAUCGAGGUCUCGAGCUCCAGAAUCAUCCGCAUUCACCAACAUACCCUGCGGUGUCUGUCCU